AUGUUGUUGGAAGUGACGAGACCGGACGGCGUUGCUCCUCAAGCUCCUACUCCCAAGCCAGUUCAGGCAGAUGGUACCAGACCCAAACAUGAGCCGCUCGCUAGACGGCUAGCUCAACGAAGGCGGGCAGACUAUUUACCUAUGACUCCGUCGUCUGUUUCUGGCUUGCCACCUCUUCCUGUUCCGGAAACGAGUGCUUCGGAUGGCGAAGAAGGACAGUUUGAUGAUGCACCGACCUCUCCUCAUGUUGCCCCCACCGCCAACGCUUCACAAGAUCAAGUGCAAUCCAAAGACGGAUCAUCUACCUCACAGCAAUCAAGUCCCCUCGCUCGUCUUCCUGUUAAGCUCACCCCGUGGGAGGAAGAACAACGCCGCCUCGCACAGGAGCUCAGUUUGCGACAGGCCGGGGACGCGCUAGACAAGAUGAAUGCCACGCAGGGUGACGUUGCGGAGAGAACUUGGAAGCCUCAGAGAGGGAUGUACAAACAAGCCCGGAGUCAAGCGCUGAGAGAGGACAGCCAGCGUCAACCGCGGGUGCGAGGCGAACCUCCACAGCAACAGUAUGUGCAGGAAGGCGAGGGACCUCGGCCUCCCCUCAAGCGGCUGUUUGGGCCUCGAUCGCGUUCUGAAGACGCUGGAAUGGGCAGAGGUGCUCCUUCUUCACGGGGAAAACAGCUCUUUGGCCCUGGUGCACGACGUCCUCUAGCCGGUCGCACGGGUAUCACGGCUGGCGAAGGAGGCCCAGGGGACUUUCCCUCCGGACCAAACGUCGCGCCCGCGCCCGCGGCCGUGCCCGCCGUGCUGGGCCCCCUAGACCCGUCUGCCCUCCCCUUCCUCGCCCUGUCGACGCCUCCACCGCUGCUGAAAUAG